UCGUUAUAAAGCGCUCCAAGAAGCAUGCGCUGUUCCCCAAGGGAACGGUGGUUAUGGCGCUGUACCCACAGACCACGUGCUUUUAUAGAGCUGUUGUUAACAGACUGCCUGCUAAUCCCGCUGACCCAUAUGAAGUGCUGUUUGAGGACUCGUCGUACGCGGACGGGUACUCGCCGCCGGAGCGCGUGGCGCAGCGCUACGUGAUCGCCAUCAAGGAGGGCAAGGGCCGCGCCACCUGACCCCGCGCCGCGCCCGCGCCGCCGCCCGGCCCCGCCGCCGACCAACAGAUGCUAUAGAUUACGGAUGUUAUACAGGGUGUUAGGUAAAUGGGUAUAUGAGCCGACACUAGCCCAUGUUAAC